GUACAAGUUAGUCGGGAAUAAGCAGGAUGAGAUUAAAUCCCAUCCUGACGGCUUUGUGCGGGGCGGCAUUCGGGUUCUUCAUCGGCGUUUCUUUCCCUCUUCAAGUAGGACGACCACAGCUUCCGUGUUACGUGUUCCCUUGGAGGGGUGGCGGUGGUGAUGGUGCAGGUGCAGGUGCUGCGGCCAACUCCACAACCACAAACAUACUAGGCAGAUUCUGGGUGCCAUUCGUCGUCAGCAGCAGCAGCAGCAGUAACAAUAUUAAUACAGCAGCAGCAAGCGUCCUGCAGGUGCAGCAGCAGCCAAAUGCAACUACUAGUAGUUGUUCUUCAGCAGCUGGUAAUUCAAAGCCGCCGCCGGCAGGCGCGGAGAGGCUCCCACCCAAGAUCGUGGUUUCAGAGACUGAUCUUCACAUGCGGCGACUGUGGGGAGACCCGCGGCAGGACACGCCGGUGCGCAAGUACCUCCUCACCAUGACAGUCGGCUUCAGCGAGAGAGCCAAUGUCAACGCCACCGUUCACAAGUUCUCCGACGACUUCGACGUGAUGCUGUUCCACUACGACGGGCGCACGACGGAGUGGGACGACGAGUUCCCGUGGUCCAAGCAGGCCAUCCACGUGAGCGCCCGCAAGCAGGCCAAGUGGUGGUACGCCAAGCGCUUCCUGCACCCCAGCGUGGUGGCGCCCUACGACUACCUCUUCCUGUGGGACGAGGACCUCGCCGCCGACUUCUUCGACGCCGACGAGUACGUGCGCCUCGUCGCCAAGCACGGCCUGCGCAUCUCGCAGCCGGGGCUGGACAUCACCCGGGGGAAGAAGACGUACGACGUCACCACCCGGAGGAACGGCAGCGAGGUCCACCGCAACACCGUGGGGGGCCCCGGCAACUGCUCCGACGUGCACCAGCGCCCCUGCAGCGGCUUCGUGGAGGUGAUGGCGCCCGUCUUCUCCCGGGACGCCUGGGCCUGCGCCUGGCACAUGAUCCAGAACGACCUCAUCCACGGCUGGGGGCUGGACCUCAACUUCUGGAGGUGCGUCGACGACCCCGAGCAGCAGAUGGGCGUGGUGGACGCGCAGUACGUGGCGCACCGCGCCGUGCCCACGCUGGGGCGCCAGGGCAACCCGGAGACGGGAGGCGGCGGCAAGGUCAGGGCACGGGCCUGGCGCGAGUUCGCCGACUUCAAGGCCAGAAUACGCAAUGCCGACAGGGAUGCGGCGGCGGCGGCGGCGGCGCCUCUCGCGACGCAGCAGCCGCCGCCCCGAUCAAAAUAACCAUAUGCAUCGACGUCCAUAUAUAUAUCAUCAGCUGCCUGCUACCACGGAGUACUAGCUAUAGUCUUCAUCGUAUGUAUUUUCUCUCUUUGUUUUCGCCAACAAGAAUUCAGAUCAAUCAGGAGGUCUCAUUGUAUUUACUCCA